AUGGAUGACUCCUUGAUGGAAGAUUCCGUCUUCGAGGACGAUGGCGGUAGCUCCGACUUCGUUCCUGAGCCUGCACCGAAGCCCAAGGCCAAAGCAGCUCCCAAGAAGGCGGCACCUGCCAAAGCGGCGCCUAAGAAAACUACCCAAUCAACACUGAAGACCAAACCUGCCCCCAAAAAGCGGGCCAAGGCCGACAGUGAGGAUGACAUGUCCGACGAUCAAAUGUCCGAUGAUGACUCGCUCUCUCACACUCCCCCGAAGGCGAAGAAGACCUCUGCUCCCAAAAGAGCUGGCUCAAAGCCUCUUGCCGAUGUAGAAAAUGAGUCUCACCCGGGGGACGGUGCCACUGAAGCGCCGGCCAAGGGUGGCAAUGCAUCAGAGAAGUACCAGAAGCUCACACAACUUGAACACAUCAUUAAACGUCCUGAUACAUAUGUCGGCUCUACAGAACGCACCUCGCAGCAAAUGUGGGUGUACAACACCGAAUCCGAGGGAAUGGAGUGCCGCGAGGUCUCCUUCGUCCCUGGUCUGUACAAAAUCUUCGACGAAAUCGUGGUCAACGCGGCCGACAACAAGCAGAAUGACAAGAACAUGAACGAAAUCCGAGUGACCAUCAGCCGCGAGACCGGCGAAAUGAGCGUGUGGAACAAUGGCCGUGGUAUUCCAAUUGAGAUCCACUCGAAGGAGAAGAUCUAUGUUCCUGAGCUCAUUUUCGGCCACCUUCUCACCUCAUCCAACUAUGACGAUACCCAGCAGAAGGUGACCGGUGGUCGGAACGGUUUCGGUGCCAAGCUCUGCAACGUUUUCUCGACCGAGUUCACAAUCGAGACCCAGGACUCACGCCAAAAGAAAAAGUACAAGCAGACCUGGACGGAGAACAUGACCAAAAUGGGCAAAGCAAAGGUUACGGAAGCCAAGGGAGACGACUACACCAAGGUCACUUUCAAGCCCGACUACGCCAAAUUCGGCAUGGAAGGGAUUGAUGAUGACUUUGAAGCCCUUGUCAAGCGGCGUGUCUACGAUUUGGCGGGUACAGCUGGUGUGGCUGUCAAACUUAAUGGCACCCGCAUCCCUAUUCGCAACUUCCGGAAGUACAUGGAGAUGUUUACCAAGGCCAUCCGUAAAGAGCGUGGUGAUGAUGGACCCCCUGCCAAGGACGAGAUCAUCACUUGCAGCCCGGAUCCUCGGUGGGAGAUCGGCUUUGCUGUCUCGGACGGUGCCUUCCAGCAGGUGUCGUUUGUCAACUCGAUUGCCACAACUUCAGGCGGAACUCACGUCAACUACAUUGCCGACCAAAUUUGCAAUCGCUUGGCGGAGCAAGUAAAGAAGAGAAACAAGACAGGUGCCACCCUGAAGACUGCCCAGAUCCGGAACCACAUCUUCAUCUUUGUGAACGCUCAGAUCGUCAACCCGGCGUUUACCUCCCAGACCAAAGAACAGUUGACCACGAAAGGAAGUCAGUUUGGCAGCAAGUGUGUACUCGAGGAGGACUUCUACAAGAAGGUUCUCAAGACUGAGGUCAUGUCAAACAUCCUGCAUUUCGCCGAGCAAAAGGCCGAUCAGAUUUUGAAGAAGGGCGAUGGAGGCCGCCGCUCACGCAUGAGCAACCCGAAGUUGGUCGACGCCAACAAGGCUGGCACCCGAGAGGGUCAUCACUGCACUCUGAUCUUGACCGAGGGUGACUCAGCAAAGGGAUUGGCGAUGGCUGGACGAGCCGUUGUCGGACCGGAUCUCUUCGGUGUUUUCCCCCUGCGCGGAAAACUGCUCAACGUGCGCGAUGCUUCGUUUGACCAAAUCUCGAAGAACCAGGAGAUUCAGAACAUUAAAAACUUCAUUGGUCUGCAGCACAAGAAGGAGUACACUGAAACCAAGGGUCUUCGAUAUGGUCAUCUCAUGAUCAUGACUGAUCAAGAUCACGACGGCAGUCACAUCAAGGGGCUGCUCAUCAACUUCCUGCAGGCGCAGUUCCCAAGUCUGCUGAAAAUUCCCGAGUUCCUCAUCGAGUUCAUCACGCCCAUCAUCAAGGUUUGGAAGGGCGAUCCCAAGAACCCCAGCAAGCAGAGGUCGUUCUUCACGAUGCCCGAAUAUGAAGCGUGGCACGAAGAGCACAAACACGAACGUGGAUGGGAUCACAAAUAUUACAAGGGUCUGGGAACUAGCACCACGGAUGAUGCUCAGGUUUACUUCCGAGACCUCGAUCGCCAUCUCAAGGAGUUCCACACCAUGCAAGAAAACGAGGCGGGUCUCAUUGAGUUGGCCUUCUCCAAAAAGAAAGCCGACGAGCGAAAGGAGUGGCUGCGGCAGUUCAAGCCGGGCACAUACCUCGAUCAUUCAGUGUCGAAAAUCACAUACACCGAUUUUAUCAAUAAGGAACUCAUCCUGUUCAGUAUGGCAGACAACCAGCGCUCCAUCCCCUCUGUUGUGGAUGGUUUCAAGCCAGGACAGCGCAAGGUUUUGUACACCUGUUUCCGCCGAAAUCUGAAAAAGGAUAUGAAGGUCGUGGAAUUGGCUGGUUACGUUUCCGGAUUGACGGCUUACCAGCAUGGUGAUGCCUCUCUUCAGCAGACAAUUGUUGGCCUGGCUCAGACAUUUGUGGGCUCCAACAACAUCAACUGCUUGGAGCCUAGUGGAAACUUUGGAAGCCGACUUCAGGGUGGCAGCGACGCUGCCAGUGCUCGUUACAUUUACACCCGGCUGUCCCCAUUCGCCCGGAGAAUCUUCCACACGGCCGAUGAGCCGCUGCUGAGGUACAAUGAGGACGAUGGCAAGAAGAUCGAGCCUGAGGUGUACAUGCCCGUUGUGCCGAUGAUUCUGAUCAAUGGUGCCGACGGUAUCGGAACUGGCUGGAGCUCUUCCAUCCCCAAUUACAACCCCGAAGACGUGGUGAGCAAUCUCAGGCGUCUUAUGGAUGGUGAGGCUCCGGAGCCCAUGGAGCCGUGGUUCCGCGGAUUCACGGGUGAGGUGGUCGCAGUUGGUGGAGACCGAUUCAAGUUCAGCGGUAUAAUCAAGGAGUCUGGAGACAAAGAAGUUGAAAUUACCGAGCUGCCCAUCCGCACUUGGACGCAAGACUUCAAGGACAAGCUGGAGGACAUCAUCAAGGCCGAAAAGGUGCCUUCGUUCAUCAAGGACUACAAGGACUACAACACCCACCAUAAGGUUCACUUCGUGAUCCAACUGGACGAAAAGCAUAUGAAAGCUGCAUUGUCGGAAGGCUUGGAGGAGAAGUUCAAAUUGUCCAAGACAAUCGCGACGACCAAUCUGGUCGCUUUCGAUGAAGAGGGUCGCAUCACCAAGUACGCCACCGUUAAUGAUAUCCUCAAAGACUUCUACACUAUCCGCCUCAAGUAUUACGAGCGGCGCAAGCAGCAUCAACUGUCGGAGCUCCAGAAAGACUUGGAGAAGCUGAGCAACCAGGCGCGCUUCGUGCAAAUGAUCAUCGAUGGCAAACUUGUCAUCUCUAAAAAGAAGAAACCAGUUCUGAUCAGCGAGCUGAAAGAGAAGGGCUUCAAGCCUUUCCCGAAGGUGGCCGAGGCUGCCAAGAUGGGCGAAGAUGAGCCGGUUGUUGAGGAAGAUGAUGAUGAAGCGGAAGACACUAACACGGAAGUCUUGUCAAGCGCCUAUGACUACCUGCUGGGUAUGCCCAUUUGGUCUCUGACUCAGGAGCGUGUGGAGAAGCUCCGUCGCCAGAUCGGCGACAAGGAGGUCGAAGUUGACACCCUGAUUAAGUUGUCCAAGGAGGAUAUCUGGAAACGGGAUCUGGACGACUUCAUCAACGAGUGGCGCUUCCAGCUUGAGGAUGAGGCUCGCCGCCAGCGCAAGGUGGCUGGCAUGGGCCGCCGUGUUUCGGCUAAGCUGGCGACGGGCGGUGGUCGCGGGGCGACGUCGCGCAAGCGCAAGGCUGCUAACGGCGACGAUCCAGAUGACGAGGACUUUGCAGCUCCGAAGUCAAAAAAGACCUCUGCUGCUUCCAAGAAAAAGGAGGCGCCGACGAACAGUCUCAUGAACUUCCUUAACAAAUCCUCCACCAAGCCAACGGCUUCGCCUACGGACGGAGGUGCGGGAUCGGAUGAUGAAUUCGACAUUGACAAGGAGGUGCUUCCCAAGAAGAGUCGGGCCGCCGCGAAGCCUAAGCCCAAGCCCAAAGAAGAGGAUGAUUUUAUGGAUUUGGACGAUGUCCCCGAAACCACCUCACGCGCAUCAGCCCAACCGGCAACCGAUCCGAUGGAGUUAGAUGAGCCUGAAGAAGCCCGUCCUAAGGCUAAGCCGGCGGCCAAACGGGGGCCCAAGGCCAAGCCAAAGGUCGAAGAGGACUCGGAUGAUGAAUUCCUCGAUAUCGCUAAAACAGAAUCAUCCAAGCCUGCUGCUCAGCCCAAUCGCACGGCCCGCAAGCCGCCCGCCAAGUAUACCGUGCCCAGCGAUUCGGAUAGUGACAAUGGAGACGACCUGCUUGGCGACGUCAGCCAGAUGGUCAAGGGUAUUGGUGGCGGCGGUGAAUCGGCGGAUUCUCGACAGCUCUUCUCCGAGCGGUCCCGUCCUGGAAGCAGUGCGAGCUUGAAGGCCGCAACCAAACAGUCCAGAAUCAGCGAUUUCGACGCGGACGAGACCGACUACAGCAAACUUGUGCCGCAGAACUCCCCGCGGCGCUCGCUGCAGAUCAAGCCCAAGGAUGUCAGGGUCGACGACGAUGAUAAGGAGGACGAGGAGUUAGUCAAGCCCGCCCCCAAGGGUAAGGCGGCGCCCAAGGCGCGUGGUCGGCCCAAGAAGGAUGCAGCGCCCAAGACAGCCACUCAGUCUGCACCGGCAGCUUUAUCCCCGGCGGCCAAGGCCUAUGCCUCAAAGCAAGCCAAGACUACCAAGAAGAAGUUGGCGGACGAUUAUUCUGAGGAUGACAUCGAUGCCAUGGCCAACGAUAUCCUGGACUCUCCGGCAGGCAAGAAGGAUGAUUCGGAUGACGAACCCGCGCCGCGCCGGGCUGCUGCUCGUCCAUCUCGUCGCACGGCAUCGCAGCAGAAGAAGAGCUAUGUGAUCGACGACGAGAGUGAGGAUGAUGGCUCGGCCGAUGACUUUGAUGAUGAGAGCGAGUAG